AUGGAUCGAGGCCGUCAAAGGGGCGCUCCAACAAGAACGCCCCUCCACGGCGCGGUCGAAGAUGUGCGUUACCGCAAGAACCCGGAAAACCUACUCCGGCUGGAGGUGGUAAUAAAGUUACUGCUCGAGGCGGGAUGCGACAUCAAUGCACAAGAUGUACACGGCUCGACUAUACUUCUGCGCUGCCUGGGCGACGAAAUCCCAGUAAUUGAGCUUCUCUUACAACACGGAGCAGACCCCAACAUCCGAGGCAGCAAGGGAGACACACCAAUGCACUAUCUUCAUAGCCCUCUUGAGCACCCGGAAUGGCUCGGAGCUCUCAUGGCACAUGGGGCGCGUCUAGACAUUCCCGAGGAAGAAGGAAAAGGUUACACCCCUCUGCAUAGGUUCGCGUCUAGGAGCCAGCUGGGCGAUCUUUCGUUGUUCAGACCCUUUGUACCUGACUGGAAUAUCAUCGAUGCCAGGGGAAACACACUUCUUCAUGUUGCGACCAAGCAACAUCGCAAAGGAAGCGUUACUCUAUCAGAAUUGUUAAAGGCUGACCUUGAUCCGAAUCAGAGGAACCAUGACGGACAACAGCCUAUACAUAUGGUAGAUGGCAGUGGAGACAACCUGACCGAUGCAUUGGAUAUUCUCUGCGCAGCCGGUGCGGAUGUUGAGGCUAGAGACUCUCGAGGACGUACGCCACUCACCAGGACCAUGUGUGGCUAUCCUCGAUACAACUCUCGCGAGCUUAUCCAGACAUUUCUUCAUCGCGGGGCCAAUAUCAACGCGCAAGACUACAAAGGCAAUGGUAUCCUAUGGAAUCUCAUUGAUGGCAAAUUCCAUUCCGAGUACCUGGACUUUCUACUCUCCCUCGGGGUGAACCCCAAAAUGACAAACUAUAAAGGCGACACAUUUCUGCAUCAUCUUGCAGCAAACUACGCUGAUGGCGUUAUUGAUCAGGAGAGGCUUAUCCCAGCCAUGAAAAAGAUGGUUGACCUGGGUGUUUCCCCCACUCUUCCUAACUUCAAGGGCUGGACAGCUCUACAUGCUCUGUGCAGUCAGGUCUCGGAUCAUUUCUUUGCGGCGGCCGCGGAGGGCGGGAAGUCUGCGAUCGAUUUGCUGUUGGAUCUUGGUCUUGAUGGUGCUAUAAACACGGCUGAUCACCAGGGCAUUCGGCCCAUUCAUCUGGCAGCUACGACCUCGGAGAUACUGGUCGGCAAGCUAAUUACCCGUGGAGCCGAUCCCACAGCUACCACGAAUGAUGGGCGGAAUUUACUUCACAUCGCCUCCACUGCGCGGCAAAGCAACAUAGUAGGAUUGCUGCUGGAACACUAUGCCUCUUUCAAUCAGACCGCUCUGAUCAAUGCGAAGUCAAAGGACGGACGGACACCUCUCCAUGCAGCCUGCCGAUCCGGAAGGUUGGAGACGGCGGCUCUAUUGCUCGCUCACGGAGCAGAUGCCAGCGCUCAAGACGAGCGAAAACAGACUCCAAUGGAUGUAUGCAGCGAGUUCCCCGACGAGGACAAGCUGUGGCAAAGUGCCGACGACCAAGAAAACAUGUUCCACACGUUCACUGCAGCUGGGAUCCUGUCAGAGGACAAUACAAGGCCAAGGCAGCCCUCAUCCCGCAACAAGAAAUUGCGCCACAAUGCCAAACGUGUCGGGUGGAAAGGAGAGCUCACCUCUGAAACUUCAACCAUUAGGAUCGGACCUAUCGUUCGACUUUUGGCGUCUAACAGUGGCAUCGUUAAAAAAGAGCGGUUUGCCGUUGGCCCGAUGUUCCAUGCCGUUGAAUGCGACGAUGAGCAGAUGGUUGUGGAGCUUGAUAGAGUAUCACAAGAGAUGAACAUCCCGCUCGAAAAUCACAGGCCCCUUGAAACCGAGACUAUCCUGGCGCGCUCUAGGAAUCUCCCAGGCAUUCUGGAGGAGGGAUUCAAGGGCCAUAUUUUUGAAGGUGGCCUCUUGUCCAUGGUGUUACGUGGCCAUGAACAAGAGUUGGCACAGGCCUUGGAGAAGAAUGCUUCCAGCGAUGUGAACUGGGCCAAGGAUCAGACCCGUCUGCCGGAGAUCCUGGUCACUCUCGCGAGAUGGGGAUACGCGGAACUUUUUGAGCGCAUUGGAUCUCUCAUACCAGGAAAUGAUUGGAUCAACAGUGGAAAGGCCAAUGUUUUGGGCGAGGAGCCCAUUAGCCAUCUUCUGGCGGCCGGGAUGCGCCAUCUUCCCAACUUGGAAGUUAUCAAAAUCAUGGUUGAGAAAUUCAAUGUGGACGUCAACGUUCAGUUCACAAGUAACAUGCAGCUCAAACCCAAGGUCUAUUACCAGUCCUCAAUGGCCCAGCGGCGGCAGUACAAGGAGGGUGAUACAAUCCUCCAUUACAUCGCCCAAGGCGAGCAUUGGUGGCAUGUAGGUGCAAUCAAGUACCUUCUAGAGCACGGGGCCGACCCCAACAUCCGCAAUAGCCAGGGCAAGACACCGCUGUGCAAUGCAGUUGCAAGGGGAGAGCUAGCCGGCCACCGGCAGCGCGACAUCACUCAGAUCCUUCUAGAGGGCGGCGCCGAUCCUAACAUCCCUGCUUCAUGUGGUUACACGCCAUUAGCCAUGUCAGCACACGAUACCCAACUGUUCCAAUUACUGAUCGACAACGGCGCCUAUCCUUCCCAGUAUCACCCCAUGGAACUAUUCGCCGCAUUGGCAAGCUUCAACACCGAUGUCCUCGAAGCUCUCCUGAACAUGGACCUGGACUGCAACACAACGGUACUAUCCGACGCCCAGCCUCACUGGCAUACCCCCCGCUUCAGAAAAGUCCCCUCAAGACCGACAUGGAUCAUGAGCCCGCUCCUCUACAUCUCCAUGCUAGCAUACAAUGAGGCCAACACGCGCGACAACGCCAUCGGCAUGAUCAAAACCCUGAUUGAGCAUGGCGCCGAUCCCUACCUGCCCUGUGACGAUAACAAGAUAAUUCUACACGAACUAUUUGAAAACGGAGGAAUCAUCCAGCCGUGGCUUGAAAUGCCUGGCCUCGAUCUCGAGCGUCGUGAUCCCAGGGGACGGACGCUACUGCUAGCUGCUGCAAAUGCUCCUUUCGGCGUCAAAUCGUAUGUCAGUAUAGCGCCCAUUUUCCCGUUGCGUAGCGGUAAAAUCAUAUCGUCAGGGUGGCUAAAGGGUGACCGCACACGUGCAAUGGCGUUGUAUGAAUGUGGUGCAAAUCUUACUGCCGUCGAUUACAAAGGAAAUAAUGUUCUUCAUGGUCUGGCAGGGCUUGAAACAAACGAUAUGACCUGCGAGGCCGAAAUCAGGCGGACAUUGUCUUUAUUUGUGGAGAAGGCUCCGGAGCUUGUGAGCCAGACUAAUGUGGAGGGAAAGACGCCUCAGAUGAUUGCCGAAGAGCAGGGGGCUGAAUGGGCCAAGGAAGUCCUUGAACAGGGUGGAGUUGGCGCGUAG